AUGCUGGGCAAGCGAGACCGACCGUACGUGAACGAAGAGCACGCAUUCCCAGGUCCUCCCGGUCUGCGGGAUUUAGUAUUCCCCUCUGAAGUGGCUCUGGGUGAAGAGAUACUGGUCGGCUGCUUCGUGAAGAAGGGCACCGUAGGGCCUUACCGCAUCACGUGGCUGAAAGACGGCAGGGAGAUACAAGAGAGCGAACGCGUCUCCAUCGCAGCCCGAUCAAAGACCAGCGCGGCCCUACGCAUCUCCAGCCUCCGCGCCGAAGACGUCGGCAACUACACGUGCGCCGCCAGCAACGACUUCGGGACCGACACCGUGACGGCAGCCCUCAUCAUCAACGACAUUCCCAAAAUACAGGAGUUCAAUUUUCCCGCCAGCCUGUCUCCCGGAGACACUGCUCACGUGGGGUGCAUAGUCUCGAAGGGAAGCGCUGGUCCGUUGGAGCUGUCAUGGAAGAAGGACGAUCUGCCUUUGGCACACCAUUCGUCGUCGAGGCUCUCAGUGAUGUCACAUAAGGGCGGCCCUGUGUCUACGCUUACCAUCGUGGACGUGUCCGCCGCAGACAGCGGGAACUACACCUGCAUGGCACGAAACGCGGCCGGCAAUGACAGCUUCUCCGCGUUCCUCGCUGUAACAGGAGCGCCGAGGUUACAGAGCUCUGGCUUUCCGAACGAACUUUCGUUGGGCGAAGAAACCGUGGCGACGUGCUUCGUGAAGAAGGGGUCCGUGGGGCCGUACACGCUGACGUGGCACAAAGAGGGCAAACCGGUCUACAACUCCGACCGUGUGGUCGUCACCGUCAAGGCGACGAGCACUGCCUUGAGCAUCGACAGCGUGCAAGUCGAGGACAUCGGCAACUACACCUGCUCGGCUACGAGCGCCGCUGGCACGGACGUACUGACAUUGCCGCUUCUAAUUUCAGCACCUCCGUCGAUCAGGAGGUUCUCGUUCCCUCCGGAAAUCGCUCUGGGCGAAGAAGUGAUCGUCCUGUGCUCCGUCAAGAAGGGAUCGCCCGCGGACUCCUACUCCAUCGCCUGGCAGAAGGACGGUCGCGAAGUCGUGGAGACCGAGCGCGUCUCGACGUCGUCGCAAACCAAGGGCAGCGCCACUCUGCUCAUCGCCAGCCUCGAACCGGAAGACGUGGGCAACUACACCUGCACGGCCAGAAAUGCGUUCGGCAGCGACAGCUUCACGGCGCCGCUCGUCGUUAACGGCCCUCCGAGGCUCCUGGAGUUCGCAUUCCCCGCUGAAGUCGGUCUGGGAGAUGAAAUCAUAGUCCCGUGCGUUGUGAGGAAAGCUACGGCAGGACCGUAUCGCAUCACGUGGCAGAAAGACGGCGUCUCAUUGGAAGGUAGCGGACGACGCGUGUCGGUGUCGUCCACUAGCUCCAAGAGCAGCUCGACGCUGCGCAUCGCCGGCCUCCAACCCGAAGAUGUGGGCAACUACACGUGCGCCGCGAGCAACGCUUUCGGCAGCGACAGUUUCACGGCAUCCCUCGUCGUUCAUGACGCCCCGAAGAUAAACGAAUUCAAAUUUCCCGCUAACCUAUCACCGGGAGACACGGUGGCCGUCAUUUGUGUGAUCAAAAAGGGCAGUGCGGGCCCCUUCGAACUGUCGUGGCAGAAGGACGGCCGGCCCUUGGAGCCCACAGCGAGCCUUGCAGUGACGUCACAGAAGGGAGGCCCCGUCUCAACGCUCACUAUCGUGGACGUUUCGGCUCGGGACAGCGGCAACUACACGUGCGUGGCCCGGAAUUCGGCUGGGAGCGAUCGGUACUCCGCGCACCUCGCAGUCACGGCAUCACCGAAGCUCAGGGAGUUCGCAUUCCCGCCUGAAUCCACGCUGGGCGAACAGAUACUCGUUAGCUGCGCGGUCAGAAAUGCGGCGACGGGCCCGCAUCGCAUGACGUGGCUCAAGGACGGCAAAGCACUGGAGAAGAGCGAUCGUGUCUCCGUGUCAGCCCAGUUCAAAGGCACGGCGGCUAUCAUGAUUGCCGACCUGCGCCCCGAAGAUGUUGGCAACUACACCUGCGUAGCGAGCAACGCCUUCGGCAGCGACAGCUUCACGGCGGCGCUAGUCGUGCAAGGUCCGCCCAAGAUACGAGAAUUCAAAUUUCCCGCCGACAUUUCCCCGGGAGAAACGGCUCUCGUGGGAUGCGUGAUCGCUAAAGGAAGCGCCGGUCCUUUCGAGCUCUCCUGGCUGAAAGACGGCCGUCCGCUUUCGUCGUCCGGUUCGCCGAGGACAGCGGUGUCACCGAACAAGGGCGGCCCAGCGUCUACGCUCACGAUCGUGGACGUCUCGGCCCAGGACAGCGGGAACUACACCUGCGUGGCCCGCAACGCGGCUGGCAGCGACAGCUUCUCCGCAUUCUUAGCCGUUACAGGUCCUCCGAGACUCUUGGAAUUCUCCUUCCCAGCCGAAGUCGGCUUGGGCGACGAGAUAAUUGUAUCCUGCGUCGUCCGGAAAGGCACGGCCGGACCGUACACCCUUUCGUGGCACAAAGACGGCACUGCUCUGAAGGACAGCGGCCGGGUGUCUGCGUCGUCUGCGCACUCCAAGAGUAGCGUCACGUUGCGCAUCGCUGGCCUCCAACCCGAAGACGUGGGCAACUACACUUGCGCGGCGAGCAACCCUUUCGGCAGCGACAGCUUCACGGCACCGCUCGUCGUCAAUGGUAGAGUGUCCUUCAAAUCGAUCUAA